UGGAGGAGCCAGGGUCUGGGGUCAGGAGCCGGUCUGUCAGCGGAAUGGCAUUCCUGCCCGUGGACUGUCACGAGCGCUCCUGCAUUCGGGAAUGAGCCCUUCCGAACUCCGGGAAGAAUGUCAGGCCAUAUUUCAGGACAGUGCGAGCGCUGCUGAAGAUGUCCAAUAGUGUGGAUACUGGGGAGAAGCCUCCGGCGCCGCCUCUGAGAAUGAACAGCAGCAACAGGGACUCCUCAUCGGUCAACCACGGCUCCAAACCGCUCCCAAUGGCUCCCGAAGAGAAGAACAAGAAGGCCCGUCUGCGCUCCAUCUUUCCUGGAGGAGACAAGACCAAUAAGAAGAAGGAGAAGGAACGACCGGAAAUCUCCCUGCCGUCCGACUUCGAGCACACGAUACACGUCGGCUUCGACGCCGUAACGGGAGAGUUCACGGGUAUCCCUGAGCAGUGGGCCCGGCUGCUGCAGACCUCCAACAUCACCAAGCUGGAGCAGAAGAAGAACCCCCAGGCCGUCCUGGACGUGCUGAAGUUCUACGACUCCAAAGAGACGGUCAACAACCAGAAGUACAUGAGCUUCACCUCUGGAGAUAAAUCAGCACAUGGCUACAUUGCAGCUAACACUCUGAACCAGCUGCUGUCCUCCGGACCGCCCGCCAGCCUUAGAACCUGCAGCGCUUUAUUUGACAAGGGCACCAAAACUGCGUCCGAGCCUCCCUUGGCCCCUCCGGUGUCAGAAGAGGAGGAUGAUGAGGACGAGGAGGAAGAGGACGACGAUGACGAUGACAACGAGCCGCCCCCGAUUAUCGCCCCCCGCCCUGAGCACACAAAAUCUAUCUUCACCCGCUCAGUCAUGGAGCCAGUGGCCCCCCCGGCCCCCGUGAAGGAGGACACGACCCCCCCUGAAUCGCAGGCCCCUGAGGACACGUCCAGCGCCCUGUACCGUCACACCGACCGCCAGAGGAAGAAGUCCAAGAUGACGGACGAGGAGAUUCUGGAGCGACUGCGAAGCAUCGUGAGUGUCGGAGACCCUAAGAAGAAGUACACGCGCUUCGAGAAGAUUGGACAAGGGGCCUCUGGGACGGUGUAUACAGCCAUUGACAUUGCUACUGGCCAGGAGGUGGCCAUCAAGCAGAUGACCCUGCAGCAGCAGCCCAAGAAGGAGCUGAUCAUCAACGAGAUCCUGGUGAUGAGGGAAAACAAGAACUCCAACAUUGUAAAUUACCUGGACAGUUACCUGGUUGGGGACGAGCUGUGGGUGGUGAUGGAGUAUCUGGCCGGCGGUUCCCUGACUGACGUGGUGACAGAGACCUGCAUGGACGAGGGGCAGAUUGCUGCCGUCUGCCGAGAGUGUCUACAGGCCCUGGACUUCCUGCACUCGAACCAGGUGAUCCACCGAGACAUCAAGAGCGACAACAUCCUCCUGGGCAUGGACGGCUCCGUCAAACUGACGGAUUUCGGGUUCUGCGCCCAGAUCACCCCCGAGCAGAACAAGCGCAGCACCAUGGUGGGCACCCCCUACUGGAUGGCCCCGGAGGUGGUGACGCGCAAGGCCUACGGCCCUAAAGUGGACAUCUGGUCCUUGGGCAUCAUGGCCAUCGAGAUGGUGGAAGGGGAGCCGCCCUAUCUAAAUGAGAAUCCGCUCAGAGCCCUGUACCUGAUCGCCACGAACGGAACCCCUGAGCUGCAGAACCCGGAGAGGCUCUCGUCCGUGUUCAGAGACUUCCUCAACCGCUGUCUAGAGAUGGACGUGGACAGGAGAGGAUCUGCCAAGCAGCUCCUGCAGCAUUCGUUCCUGAAGCUAGCCAAGCCCCUGUCCAGCCUGACUCCCCUGAUUGUAGCAGCGAAGGAAGCCAUCAAGAACAGCAGUCGCUAGGAGGGUCGUCCACCUGCCAAGACCUCUCAUCAUGCUCUCUGCCUGGGGAUUGGCGUACCUCUGUCGGGACGGUGCGAACAUGAAGGACUGGACCUCCUUCAGCCGGAGGGCGGGCGAUUCUGCUUUGGCCAGGACUGUGAGCCCAGACUCCUCCCGAGCUCUGAAGAACUCAUUAAACGUGGCAUUUGUCAGAAGAGUUUAUGUUCCGCAAAGGAGUUUGACUUUGCAGGAAGUCAUCCCCAAAGCAUUCCCCCCAUGUUUCUCCGGAGAGUGAUUGACAGGAGACACCUGUGUGAACGCUAAAGCCUUGACCUGCCCCCCCCCACCCCGUCACAGGGAGGACCAGCAAAUCUCUGUGAGGAACAUUUUCAUGAGAGACUCCAGGACCUCUGUGCACUUGCAUGACCAAGUCUCUCCCAACGCAGCCUAAUGGAUCUGCUCAUAUCUUCCUUAUUGAAUGUGGAAGGUCAUUCGUAUGUAUGUUUGUGGGUGUGUGUGUGUUUGUGUAUGGGAGAAGAUGUAUAGCUCCAUUCGAAAACUUAUUUGUCCAUGAAAGCCAUCGGAGGAUGUGAUUUAAUUGGUUGUGCAGUAUGUUUCCCUAUUUCCAGAUGUGUUUCUCGCUGUUUAGUGGUCUGUGGAUUUGGGACUGCAAUACAAAAUAAUGUACACAUACAUGCGUUAAACACUUUUCAUUGACAGAUUCGUUUUUUUCAUGGAUCUCAUUAAAACACAAAGCUAUGAACUUCCAGAUUAUAUACACAUUGUGGGGUAGUUUCACAAACUGGUGAUUUGUUUACUGACUGAAGAGUUGAGCUCAUAUGUUUACAUAUUACCAGAGUUGCAACAUGGGAGAGCAACUAUUCCCAUAAAUAUCAUCCAGUUACUAUAUAUUUAAUUAUUACAGUAUGUCUAAUUAAAUUACAUCAACUGAAAUUAUAAUUUUAUUAAACAAAAAGCUUAUCAUCAUUUUUCAUAAUGAGCAUCAUCAGUAAAAAGCUUGCCUUUGCUUUGCCUGGAUGCCAUUUCACAUACAGUAGUUAUGGCUUUUUAUAUUUAGCCCACACACAAAAAUACAUAUUUUAAUAGUGACUUGUCCACCAGCGCUUCAACAUCAUAUCUUGUCUUUAAAGAAAAGUCUGCUACUACCCUGUGUAUGUCCAGAUAAUAUUCAUAAAUAGACGGUUUUAAAGGAUGAGUGCUUAUGCAGAUAGCAUGGGUGCAAUUCAUUUGCUGUGGAAAAAUACAUACAUGAGCAUUUAAAAUGGCAGUAGCAUGUAUAUGAACUCAUCUGUCCUGUAGCAACAGGCUUUGCAAUGCAAUACAAAUAGCCAGGGUGCUGCCAUUUUGUUUUCAAUAAAGUUGGGCUAAUUUUUAA